GAAGGCGACUCAGAGCUGUUAUACUUCAUGGUAUGUAUCUUUCUUCAAUUCCUGUCUUCAGUUCAACUAAACAGACCCAUGUUUCACACUCUGAGUAAACUAAAACAGAAAAGUUUGGAAAACACUGAUUUAAAAAAACAAACCAGACACCUUGGAUAAAAGCCCUAAGCCAAACCAACAAGAUAAAAACAUUUGGGCUCGUCAAACAGAUGUGUAAAUCCAAUCUGGUGAAAAAUAUUGUUAAGUGUUCAGGAUCCAGCUUCCUCUUCAGGCUUCUUCACUUGUUUUAACCACCCAAACUUACAUUGAUUAGGGGAGUUUAACACAGAAAUGCACUGCAGUUUUGUGGAAAAAGCAACACAGUACCCAAAACAACACAUGGAAUCAUCCGAUGUAAACUCGUGUCCUCUCUUGUCUUUCUGGCGAUACAGUUUUUGAUUAGACUCCUGUUCAUACGUGCCCUUUCUUAUUUUUUCUGCCCUUCAUCUCCUUCUCUAUCAUCAGUGCAGAUUUUUGGUUUCCAGUUGAUGUUGUUGCAGACCUGUUCAGACAAUCGCAGGAAUGUUUUGUUGCCCCAUCAUGUACCCUUAACUGCCCUUUUAUGCAAACCUUCAAAUACACAGUUCCAUGAUAUAACAAAUCAAGCACGUUCCAGCUCAGUGUCUGAGCGGAGGCUACUGAGGGAAUACCUGUAGUACCCGGAGUGGUUUCUCAGCCGAGUGAGAAGGAGCCAUGGAAGGUGCAAUGCUUGUGAUGAUCACGUUGGUUGCACUCUGCGGAGCUGCACCCACCAUUUCGCCCCUGCAAGAGGACGUGCAUAAAGCCCAGGAAUAUCUGUCUCAGUUUUACUCUUACAUCGGUGUGAGUGCACCGAACACCAGGUGGCGUGGCUCCCUCGACUCCUUUGAAGAUACUCUGAAAAGAAUGCAGGAGUUUUUUGGCCUAGAGGUGACGGGGCAGCUGGAUGCCUCCACACUGGAAGUAAUGGGUCGGCCCCGCUGUGGCUUCACAGACAGGGCCAGAUACGGCUACUUCCAAAAUCAACCAAAGUGGGACAAGUCUGUGAUCACGUACAGGAUAAAUAACUACACACCAGACUUGAGUCAAGAAGACGUGGAUUCCUCCAUAGCCAAGGCUCUGAAGGUUUACAGUGACGUCAUCCCUCUAGAUUUUAGGAAGAUUGACAGUGGCACCGCUGACAUCUUGAUCAAUUUUAAAACUAAAGAUCAUGGAGAUUUUGCUCCAUUUGAUGGGGAGGGCGGGGUGUUGGCUCACGCAUUCGCCCCUGGAAAAGGCAUCGGAGGCGACACCCACUUUGAUGAAGAUGAAAACUGGACUGUGUCUUCAGAAGGAUAUAAUCUGUUCUUGGUGGCAGCUCAUGAGUUUGGUCACGCGCUGGGAAUGGCCCACUCUAAUGUUGAGUCAGCGCUGAUGUAUCCCACCUAUACAUAUGUGGACACUGAUGGAUAUCAGCUGCCUGAUGACGAUAGACUGGGAUUACAACGAUUAUAUGGUGUUAGAGUCCCAACAGUUCCUGACCCAAAACCAAGUCCACGUCCUACAGUAGACCCUGAGUAUGAUCUGGAUUCUGAACUUCAACAGGGAAGAUGCAGUAGAGACCUGGCUUUUGACGCGGCAGCUUCCAUUGAGAGUAGUAUUUACUUCUUCAAAGAUGGACAUUUCUGGGAGAAGAGCAGCUCCUGGCAGGGCAUCUCUGAGCAUACAAUUGAUUCUGUCUGGCCUGGAAUCAGCAAAGUUGAUGCCGUUUAUGUGGACACAAAAGAAAACACUGCUUUCUUCUUUCAAGGGGACCAUUACUGGGGAGUCAGUGGAAACAUGGUUCUACCAGGUUAUCCCAAACCAAUCAGUGACUUUGGUUUCCCCUCAUAUGUCACCAAGAUAGAUGCUGCUGUGUACGUUCCAUCUACAGGAAGAACUCUGUUCUUUCAGGAAAACAGAUUCUGGAGCUACAAUGAGGAAACGCACAGAAUGGAUUUCACGUCCCCAAGAUUCAUCAAGGUAGAGAUCCCUGGGAUUGGAUAUCGGGUGGAUUCUGCGUUUGAGAACAACGGAUAUCUGUACUUUACCCAUGGAUCCAAACAGACAGAGUACGACUACGGGCAGAGAAGAAGUGUUCGCACUCUCUACAACUACGAAUGGAUGGAUUGUGACUGAGGAAACAUUGAAAACAAUACACACACAAUAGUCUCCAAAAACACACUGGCUCGUUUCUUUAGUUUAGCUUUUCACAGGAAACUGUUAGGGAAUUAACUGGUGGGCAAUAAAAAUAAAGAAUGCCAGAUUUUUUUUUUAAAGCUGUAGGCAAACAUUGUUUAUUUUUAUGGUAAUUGCUCCUCUUCAGACUUAAUAUGCUGAAUAAACGUUAAACAUUUAACAGACAUUUAAAUUCUUCUUCAUAAAUGUCAACUUUAAAAUUGUUUUACCCGCCAUUCAUUUGCUCUGGUGCGUGGGCUUUUCAUAUGAUCUUUUUAGCAAAAAUUGAGUUAAUUGAGUUAGUACAUUACUAUUAUUAAUGUUAUUUACAGUGAAAUAUAUUCAAUAUCUGUUGCCAAUUCAGAUAAUUUUAAAACGUGUUAUAGAAAACAGACAGAGGUCGACUGAUGUGGGGUUUCUAAUGGCUCACACAAACGUGUUCAGGAUCACCUGAUUGCUGUUGUAUGUGUACACCAAUGCUGUUGUGUAAAAUAUAUAAUUUUAAUAAAUAAUACAGAGACUUCUCAUCCAAACAAACCUUUGCUAAAGACUUCAGUAUUUUACCUUUAUUCAGCAAAAUGUGACACUGCAAACAAGAAGAUGGCGGUGCUGCGUAGGACUUUUGGACAUGAGACAAAUGACAAUAAACAACUGUAAUAGUUAAGUGACAGUACAACUAAAAAACUGACUUUACGAGUAAAUGGUAAAA